AUGCAACCAACCUCAGGGAUGGGUUAUACCAUCGUGAAGCGUGUAAAGCAGGAGGUGGAGGAAAAGCACAGUCCACAGUCACCCCGCACACCAGCAUUUCUUUCAGACAUCAUCGGGGGGCAUGAGGCCAUGCCCCACCCCCACCACUAUGUGGCAUUUGUGCAGUUUCAAAUUGGGGAGAGUAAGCACAGGUGCGGUGGCAUCCUGGUGCUAGAGGACUUUGUGCUGACAGCUGCUCAUUGCUGGGGAAGCUUUAUAAAUGUCACCCUGGGUGCCCACAACAUCAAAGAACAGGAGAAGACUCAGGAGGUCAUCCCUGUGAAAAGAGCCAUCUCCCACCGAGACUACAAUCCUAAGGAUUUCUCCAGGGACAUCAUGUUACUGCAAGGAGAUUCUGGGAGCCCCCUUGUGUGCAACAGCAAAGCCCACGGCAUUUUCUCCUAUGGAAAAAAAAGGAGGACCCCUCCAGGAGUCUUCAUAGUCUCCCACUUCCUUCCCUGGAUAAAGAGAACAUGA